AACUUGGAUCGACCGCCGUCUGCCGUUGCUGGCAACGCCUCUGCUCCUUACUCGUUCCAUCUGGCCACGGCCGUUGCAUCUGCCGACUUCCCAUGACGCUAGCGCUGGCGAAUUGAGAAGGGCAGGAAAGGAGAAGAUAGCGCAGAGGAGCAAGCUGACCAAGCUGAACACCGAGCAACGCUAGGGCCGGCCGCCUUCCUUGCGGGUGUAGCCAUGGCGUUUCCCGUGCUUGCAGUCUUAUGCGCGGGCUUGGGGUUGGCCAUCUACAAGUACAUCUCCGGCUGGCGCAGGAACAUCGCCAAGGCGCGCAAGACCGGGCUCGUCUACAUCGCCGUCCCCAUCUCGCCCAUAUCCCUGCUGUGGCAGCUCACGUUCAAGAUAUGGGUGCCGUUGAUCCAGCUGCUUCCAAGGUCGCUGUGGGAAGGCUGGCUAUUCGUCAUGAUACCCGAGUGGGGCUACAAGACGGGCCAGACGCACUUUGACCGGCUGGGCACCGAGACCUUCGUGCUCGCCAGCCCGACGAGGCUCAUGCUGUACACCCAGAGUGCCGAGGUGAUCCACCGGAUGACGCAGCGCCGCGAGGCCUUCCCCAAGGACGUGGCCCUGUACGGCAUCCUCAGCAUGUUCGGCCACAACGUGCUGACCACCGAGGGCGCCGUCUGGCGCGUGCACCGCAAGAUCACCAGCGCCAGCUUCAACGAGAAGAACGCGGCGCACACGUUCGCCGAGGCCAUCAGCCAGACGCGCGGCAUGCUCGACACGUGGUUCGGGCCCGAGGGCGAGAGGACGGGCACGACCAAGACGAUCCGGUCGCUCGAGCACGACACCAUGACCUGGGCGCUCAACAUCAUCGGCUACGUCGGGUUCGGCCUCCGCCUGCUCUGGCCGGGCCAGACGCUGCCCAAGGACAUCGACCCCAAGCUGGCCAAGUACGGCAGCCUGGACGCGCCGCCGGGGUACACCAUGAGCUUCGCCGCGUCGGUGGCCCUCACGCUCGAGAGGAUCGUAACCAUUCUGCUCUUUCCAGCGACGGUGCUCAGAGUCCUACCUUUCAAGUGGGCCAGAGAGGCCUACGAGGCCAAGGUCAACUACCUCAAGUACAUGGACGAAUUCCUCCGCGACAAAAUCGAAGAAACCCAGGGCGGCGGGGCGCCGCGCGAAGGCAUGGACAUCAUGGGCCAGCUGGUGCAGUCCAAGUACGGGCACCGCGCGGCCAAGGAGAACGGCCCCAAGCUCGACGACUCCGAAAUCGUGGGAAACGCCUUCAUCAUGACGGUGGCCGGGCACGAGACGACGGCCAACACGCUGCACUUCAGCCUGGUGGAGCUGGCGACGAACCCGGGGGCGCAGCGGCGGCUGCAGCAGGACAUCGACGGGCUGUUCGGCGGGGCGGACCCGGCGACGUGGGACUACGAGAAGCACAUCAACGCGCUGCUGGCCAGCCACGUGGGGGCGUGCGUCAACGAGACGCUGCGCCUGGUGCCGCCGGUCACGGUGGUGCCCAAGAUCGUCUCGCCGGACGCCGACCAGGCCAUCCGCAUCGACGGCCGCACCCACGUGCUGCCGGCCGGCAUGUCGUGCAGCCUGAUGGCCGUGUGCGCGCACCGCAACCCGCGCUGGUGGCCGACGCGGCCGAGCGAGCGCACGCCCGGCGCGCCCACCGACCUCGACGACUUCCUGCCGGAGCGGUGGUACCGCACGCGCGACGAGGACGGCGCUGCCGGUGGCGGCGCCGCGGCUGCCGCUACCGCUACCACCACCACCACCACCACCACCAAAGGCGGGGUGGCGGCGGCGGCGGUGGUGGAGGAGGACAUCGACGACCGGGCGGACUACGGCGGGUUCCAGGGCAGCGACGUCAGCGCGGCGCUGUACCGGCCGGUGCGGGGCAGCUACAUUCCGUUCAGCGACGGGCCGCGGUCGUGCCUGGGGCGGCGCAUCGCCAUGGUCGAGAUGGGCGCCGUGCUGGCCGUCAUCUUCCAGCGCUACAGCAUCGAGCUGGCCGUCGACGACUGGGCCUCCGACGAGCAGGUCGCCGCCAUGGGCCCCGCCGAGCGCCGCGCCCUGUACCGCCGCGCGCAGGCCCGCAGCACCGAGACCAUCCGGCAGGCCGACUCGGUGCUGACGCUGAAGCUGCACGGCGGCAGGCACGUGCCCGUGCGGCUGGUCAAGAGGGGCAUGGAGCGGUUUGUGAGCGACCCGGAGCUGGUUUAAGGAUUCUGUCGUGUGUAGUGUAGAACCGGCGGAAACUGCGGGUUAUCGGGCGCGGGAAGGGGGGGCGAGAGGGGGGUUUUGGGAUCUUGGAUGACGAUAUG